AUGGAUGCUUCUUCUUCUUCUCAAUAUUGGAGGUAUGAUGCCUUCCUCAGCUUUAGAGGAGAAGACACCCGCAAAAGCUUCAUUGCCCAUCUCUAUAAGGAGUUGUGUACCAAAGGAAUCAACACUUUUAUCGACGAUGACAAACUUAGGCGAGGCGAAGUCAUAUCUCCAGCACUUCUUACGGCUAUUGAAAACUCAAUGUUUUCUAUCAUUGUUUUGUCAGAAAAUUAUGCAUCUUCUAGCCGGUGCUUAGAGGAGUUGGUGAAGAUACUAGAGUGUAUGAAAACCAGGGGGCAGAGAGUUGUCCCCAUUUUCUAUAAUGUGGAUCCAUAUGAUGUGCGGAAACAAAGGGGAAAUUUUGGAAAAGCCUUGGCUGAACAUGAAGAAAAUUUGAAGGAAAAUAAGAAAAGGUUGAAGGGUCAGUGGUUUGAUGAAAACUGGCAGCAAAGAUUAAAUCAUUUAAUACCUAAGAUGGGUAGUUCUUUUCUUUUUAACAAACCGAUUUUAGAUCAAGAAAUCUCAGUAGGAAGGGGUCUCAACAGGAAGAUAAUCAUAAACAAGGUGCACAAUGGGGAAUUCAUGUCAGAAUGGUGGCUACUCCCUUACGUGCUGAAGCUGAUGUAUGAGCCUAUGCUCAUCCAAGAAAUUGUCACAUAUAUUUUGAAUAGAUUAUUUCAUUUAUCCUCAAGUGAUGCCAAGAACCUGGUUGGAAUAAAUUCUAGCUUACAAGAAAUGCAAUUGCUAUUAUGUCUUGAGUCUAGAGAAGUUCGAAUGGUAGGAAUUUGGGGUAUGGCAGGCAUAGGUAAAAUAACUCUUGCCAAAGCUAUUUAUCAGCAUAUCUCUGGUCAUUUUGAAGCUUGCUCAUUUCUUGAAAAUGUAGGAGAUGAUUUAGAGAUACGAGGGUUCCUUGGAUUAGAGGAAAAAUUUCUUUCUCAACUAUUGGAGGAUAGAAAUCUAAACAUUAAAGGACUCAGUUCUAUAAAAGCGAGGCUUCAUUUCAAAAAGGUUCUCAUUGUCAUUGAUGAUGUGAACAGUUCAAAAAUAUUGGAAGUAUUAGUUGGAAAGCAUGAUUGGUUUGGUCAAGGAAGCCGAAUCAUUGUAACAACAAGAAAUAAGCACUUGCUAGUUAUGCAUGGAGUAGAUGAGGUAUAUGAGGUUAGGAAAUUAAAUAAUGAUAAUGCUCUUGAGCUCUUCAGUCAUUAUGCCUUCAAACAAGUCCAUCCCCAAGAAGAUUAUGUGGAGCUGUCCCAACGUGUAAUGGUUUAUGCUCAAGGGCUUCCAUUGGCUCUUAAAGUUUUAGGUUCAUUUUUAUUUAGCAAGAGCAAGCAUGAAUGGGAAAGUGAACUGGCUAAACUAAGAAGAAUUCCUAAUAUGGAAAUUCAAGAUGUGCUACAAGUGAGUUUUUAUGGGUUGGAUGACAAAGAGAGGGAUAUAUUUCUAGACAUUGCAUAUUUUUUUAAAGGAGAGGACAAAGAUUAUGUUAUGAAAAUCCUAAAUGGUUGUGGUUUCUUCCCAGAUAUUGGAAUAAGAGUUCUCAUUGAGAAGUCUCUCAUUACUAUUUUAGACAAUAGGUUGAUGAUGCAUGAUUUGUUACAAGAAAUGGGUAGAGAAAUUGUUCGUCAAACAUCCCUUAAAGAACCUGGAAAAUGCACAUUUGCACGAAUGAAUAGACUUAGAUUGCUCAAAGUCUAUAAAUCUCAAGAUCCCAGAGAUGAAGUAUGUACUUCACAAAAGGAAGAGUGCAAGGUUAUGUUUUCAAGGGACUUUAAAUUCCAUUAUGAUGACUUGAGAUAUUUGUAUUGGCAUGGAUACCCUUUCAGAUCAUUGUCAUUUGAUUUUAACCCAAAGCGUCUUGUUGAUCUCAGCAUGCCUUAUAGCCACAUUAAACAACUUUGGAAAGGGGUGAAGGUUCUUGACAAGUUAAAAUUCAUGGAACUCAGCAACUCCAAGCAGCUAACUGAGACACCAGAUGUCUCAGGGAUCACCAAUCUUGAACGGUUGGUUUUUGAAGAUUGCACACAUUUGCAUAAGAUCCACCCAUCUCUGGGAGGUUUAAGCAAGCUCAUUUUCUUGAGUUUGAGAAAUUGCAUAAACCUUAGGUAUUUUCCGAGCAGUGGUAAGUUGGAAUCUCUUCAAAUCCUUAUUCUCUCAGGCUGCUCAAAACUUGAGAAGUUUCCAGAGAUCCGAGGGUACAUGGAACAUCUAUCAGAGCUCUAUUUAGAUGGGACUGCUAUAAAGGAAUUUCCUUCCUCUAUUGAGUAUGCCAGUGGGCUUGUUCUAUUGGAUCUUAAAAACUGCAAAAAGUUCAGGAGUUUUCCAACAUGUAUUCAUAAUUUGAAAUCUCUUGAAACCCUGAUUUUUUCUGGUAGCUUGGAAUCUGAAGAUGUUCAAGAGAACUUUGGGAACCUAGAAUGGUUCAAGAAGCUUUAUUCAAAUGGAACUGCUAUAAGAGGAAUGCCUUCUUCUAUUUCCCUCUUUAGAAACCUUGUAGUAUUAUCCUUUGGUGGGUGUAGUGGACCACCAUCUCUGUCAUGGUCAUUGCCCAGAAGAAGUUCACAUUCCAUUGAUUUCCUCCUGCUGUCAGACUUAUGCUUCUUACAGCACUUAGAUCUAAGUCAUUGCAAUCUAUCUGAGGAAGCAGACCUUAGUAAACUUGGUCUCUUAUCUUCACUGAAAAAACUAAAUUUAAGUGGGAACAACUUUGUUAGUUUGCCUUCAAACGUGUUGAGUCGACUUUCUCAGCUGACAAGACUUGACCUACAUAAUUGCAGAAGCCUGCAAGCAUUGUUAGAGCUCCCAUCAAGUAUACAAUCAAUAGAUGCACAUAAUUGCACAUCAUUAGAAAUCAUCCCAAACCAAUCAAUUUACAAGUCGCUCUACCAUGCCUCAUUUAUGAAUUGUUUCAAACUGAUGGAGUAUCAAAGCAGCCUUGAAACUUUGUUCCUAACAGUGGCAAUGGAUGCUACCGAGACAGAUUUUCAUCUUCCCUUAUCCCAGCCAGUUCCAUUCAGCACUAUUCUCCCUGGAAGUGGAAUACCAGAUUGGAUCGGACAUCAGAGCACAGGGUGUGAAGUAAAUAUUGAGCUAUCUCCAAAUUGGUUUAAUUCUAACUUCCUGGGUUUUGCUCUUUCCGCUGUCAUUGAUUUCAAUGAUAUGCCUCAUGCCAACCAUGCUGAUCUGUCCUUCCAAAUUUGUACCUCCCUGAUUUCCAAGUCUGGACUGGUAUUUUAUUAUGAUGCUUUCUAUGAUCAUACUCUUGGACAUGCAUUAAUUGAGCCAGACCAUGUGUGGCUGGCCUAUGCACCAGUUUCUAGCUCCAUCAAGUGGCAUGAAGUGAACCACAUUCAGGCUUCAUUUCUUAUGAUCACCCACAUGCUCCCUGUGAUUAAGAGGUGUGGGGUUGGUCUAAUGUACAGUAGGGAAGAUGUGAAAGAUGACAGUCAAAAAAUAAUCCAACACAUCUCUCCUCUCUCUCAAAAUUCAACUCUCCUUCUUCAUGAAAUUGAUGAUGGGGAACCCAGUGCAAGUGGUUUCUCUAAGCAGGAAUCAGAAUGUAGUGAUUACUACACUGAUGAGGGGGAAUCUUAG